AUGAGGUGGACGAGUCUCGUCGUUAGGCAGCAGAGCCAGCUGCAGUGGAUGCUGCGCCGCCACUGUAGGCCUAGUAGUUGUUGUGGUGUUGUGAGUAGGCGUUUUAUUGCCGUUGGCGAUGGGGCACGGCUUGGCGCAGCCGCUGGCAACGGCGGCGUGUCCGCGCAAUGGUUGCUGCAUCCAAUUCGCGGGCGGUGGCGCCACUUCCUCGCCCAGCGGUUUCCGCGGAAGUGUUUGACUGUCGUAACGAGCGCCCUACUCCUCUUUGCUGGCUACGUUUCGCUCUGCAUAGUGGUGGAGCGGCAGAUGGAGGCGUCUGUGCGGCAGCUUUUCCAGUCGCACGAGGAGUACCCGCUUGAGGAGUGGUCGAAGGUGGAGCCCACGCUGCGUGAGGGCGACGUGGUGUUGCUCAUGGGCACCGGCAUCACGAGCUGGAAGAUCACCACGGCGCAGUUUGUGUACAGCCUCAUGCGCCCCGCCGCCCUGCGGUUCUCACACGUGUCGGUGGUGGUGGAGCCGGCGCAGCUUGAGCGCUGGCCGUCGCCGCGCUUUGCCCCCGCCAGCAGCACCGCCGUGGAGGCGUCGAAGGGCGGCGGGCAGUGGCUCCCGUCUGGCAGGAUUUCCGACAUGCUGCAGAGGGAGCGCUCCAUGCGGCAGCGAAAACAAAAACGCGGGGCCAUUUUGCUGGAGGCGGUGGACAACCUUGACAUCAACGCCCCCGACGUGGAUGGGAAGGUGCGUCACGAGUGCGUGCAGCUGGUGGAGGCGAAGCACCGCCUCUUUGGGCGCGAGGGGGAGCGCUGGUGCUACAACCGCGUCGCCGUGCGACGACUGAAAGGGUUUGAAUGGACGCCGCAGCGAAAGCGUCUCCUGCGCAGCUUCAUCAACGAAAAUGUCGGCCGCCCGAUGGACAAGAACCCGCUGAUGAUUUUAAGCUUCAUUCACCCCAAGCUGUACGCGUGGACGGGGGGGCGGCAGGGGGGGACGGAGAUCAGCUGCAGCGAGCUAAUCGUCGACCUCUACAAGUACUGCGGGAUCAUCCAGAAGCGAGUGCGGAUGGUCCCGGUGACGGACGGCGCCGCGAACGCCGACGGCGACGUUGUGGUAAACCCCGACGGCAGUCUUAGCCGCCCUCAGUGGUACUUCAACCGUCCGAGCAUACAGACGGCCCCAUUUCACUUUGCGGAAGGCAUGGAGGUUGAUGUGCUGGACUUUGCGGAGGGUGUAUCGCUGGGUCCAGAGGUGCGCAUGAGUCUUCCUGGCGGGGAGGCGCAGGCGCAUUGA